CAGAUCUCGAACUAAUUCACCUUCCUAGUUACCAUUCCUGUAUCUCACCGCCCAGAAACACCCUAAUCAUACCUACCUUUCGGCCUCAAGCCAAAGCGUAGCUGAGAAUAGAGUCCACCAUGGCCACAGAAGCAUUAGUUGAACACUGGAAAUCAGGUUUAAAAUGGUGGUUCCCUCGCAGAGAAUGUUUCAGUAUCAGUGAAGAAUAUAUGGACACCUUCGAGACAGCAAUGUACAUUUUGACGGUCUCACAUUCUUAUUCCCCAGUGACCUUCAAAAUAGUCCUUGGCGACGCAGACCCAAAGUAUCCGAACCGACAUAUUCGAUUAUUGGCUAACCGGGUACGCCCAACAGAGGCGCCUAUGCUCAAUUCUUGGGGUGAAGAAGUCCAUCCAUGGGGAGCAACUGUGACUGAUGACUCGUUGGCAACCUACAGAAGAAUUGGCGACAAUCCCUUGUCUGUCCUCGAUAGGUUCCCAAAUGGAAUGCCUAGUAUUGCUGCAGCGGAUUCACCUAUGGCUUACGUUUUCGAAAGGAUAAAAAGGGAUUUCGAGGAAACAGCAGUUCGCUACAAUAGCAGCGAGGGGAUGAGUCCUUCCCUGUCCGACUCAGAAUGUGAUGAAUGGUCUAUUGUCUCCGAUUCCGAUGGCGGGAGAGAUGGCGUUCCUAUUCGUGCGGAUUUCGGGGCACCCAGUAUAUUCAAGAGGGAGUAUUCCCCAGAGACCGCAGCGUACCUCGUGGAUGCGCCUUCACACAGAUCUUUUGACUCUCGUUCCUACGUUGUCAGAGAGACAGAAGGCCGGGAAGGUUGGCGGUCUGUCGUCGUGUUCUGA